AGGUGAUCAAUAACGGUAAUUUAACACAUAAAUCAAAGCGUGUAUACACUUUUCUUAAGUAAAAAAGAGAGAUAUGGGCAAAGGUCGGAGUUUACCGAUUAGUCGGAGCGAGCGAUUUCUUGGAAGCCAUCAGCAGUCCGUGGACGGAGAAACCACCGUCGAGCUGGAGCUCAUGGAAGAGGAUGUCUGGUCGGUGGUCGAGCCUGACGAACCAACGGAAGUAGGCGCGUGGAUCACACGCUCUCUCGAGGGGACUGACAAUGAAUGGAGACGGAACGGAGGCCGCGUGAGUGACCUGACCGUCUCGAGUGAUGAACGGAGGAAGAGACACGUGGCGACUUCUGCGCCGGUCAAAGUUCCUGACUGGAGCAAGAUCGUAAAGGUGGAGUCCGUCAAGUCAAUGCAUAAUAAUAAUAAUAAUGAUGCUGACGCGGCGAAUUUUGAUUGGGGGAGUGAGAUAGUGCCGCCUCAUGAAUACGUGGCCGCGCGUAGCCGUAACGGUGACGGUAGUUCGUCGGUGUUUUUGGGCGUGGGGAGGACGUUAAAGGGACGUGACAUGAGACGGGUCAGAGACGCCGUGUGGAGACAAACCGGAGAAACAGAGACAAUUCUAGGCAAACCCUUUGAAGAAAUCAGGAAACUUUACACGUUAGGUAACGAAUUAGGUCGAGGUCAAUUUGGUAUAACCUACACUUGCAAAGAGAAUUCAACAGGGAACACUUACGCUUGCAAAUCAAUACUCAAGAGGAAACUAACGAGAAAGCAAGACAGAGAUGAUGUGAAGAGAGAGAUUCAGAUAAUGCAGCAUUUGUCUGGACAAGAGAACAUUGUUGAGAUCAAAGGUGCUUAUGAAGAUAGACAAUCGAUACAUUUGGUGAUGGAGUUGUGUGGUGGUAGUGAAUUGUUUGAUAGGAUUAUAGCUCAGGGACAUUACUCUGAGAAAGCAGCUGCUGGUGUUAUUAGAUCGAUUUUGAAUGUUGUUCAGAUUUGCCAUUUCAUGGGAGUGAUACAUCGUGAUCUUAAGCCUGAGAAUUUCUUGCUCGCUAGUACUGAUGAGAAUGCUAUGCUAAAAGCUACUGAUUUUGGCUUGUCUGUGUUCAUUGAAGAAGAUGUUGCCAAGAAUAGUAUGUAUCUUGUUUCAUUUAGUGAUGCUUUAGUAAAUAGUGGUAAGCUUGAAAACAGAGGGAAAGUUUACAGGGAUAUAGUAGGAAGUGCUUACUAUGUUGCUCCUGAAGUAUUAAGAAGAAGUUAUGGAAAAGAAAUCGAUAUUUGGAGUGCAGGGAUUAUUUUAUACAUCUUGCUCUGUGGCGUGCCUCCUUUUUGGGCUGAAACUGAGAAGGGGAUAUUUGAUGAGAUUAUAAAAGGAGAAAUUGAUUUUGAGAGUCAACCAUGGCCUUCUAUAUCUGAGAGUGCUAAAGACCUUGUGAGGAAGUUGCUUACUAAGGACCCUAAGCAACGAAUCUCAGCGGCACAAGCUCUUGAACAUCCUUGGAUCAAAGGAGGAGAAGCACCGGACAAGCCUAUUGAUAGCGCUGUGUUAUCUCGGAUGAAACAAUUCCGAGCAAUGAACAAGCUUAAGAAGCUAGCUCUUAAGGUAAUUGCAGAGAGUCUCUCGGAAGAGGAAAUUAAAGGUCUUAAAACCAUGUUUGCGAAUAUGGAUACCGAUAAAAGUGGAACAAUCACUUACGAAGAACUGAAAACCGGGCUGGCUAAACUUGGCUCUAAACUCACUGAAGCUGAAGUGAAGCAACUCAUGGAAGCCGCUGAUGUAGAUGGUAAUGGAACAAUAGACUACAUCGAGUUUAUCUCAGCGACAAUGCAUAGAUACAGAUUGGAUCGAGAUGAGCACUUAUUCAAAGCCUUCCAAUACUUCGACAAAGACAACAGCGGGUUUAUCACAAUGGAUGAGUUGGAGUCAGCCAUGAAAGAGUAUGGUAUGGGAGAUGAAGCUAGCAUCAAAGAAGUCAUAGCGGAAGUCGAUACAUGAUAAUGUAAGUUUUGUUUUCCCUCUACAUAGAAUCAAAGAAGUUAUGAACAAGUCUUAAUUGUAAAGAUUGAGAUUAAUGAGUCUCUUGUGCAGGAUGGAAGAAUAAACUAUGAAGAAUUUU